CUCCAAGCACAAACAACACCCCGACUUUUGAGAAAAUUUUGUUUUCAGGUAUAAUUUUGUAAACUUACGGCUUUUAUUACAACAAACAAACAAACUAAGUACUUGAACUUUUCACCUCACUUAAAUUAAUUGAAGACAACAUAACGACGAUCUGAAUCUGUAUUUCACAACGACUAAAUGCCGUAGUUUUCAUCUUUCGUGCAGUACCCACUUUCCUUUUUCGAAACGACCCAAAUAUAACUUUGAAAUUAUCAUUCUCAACCACGAUGACAAAACAACGGUGAAACGAGAACCAGAACGCACUCGGUUAUUUCUCUUCGCAGAAACGGAGCUUAGAAGGGCUGGGAGGGUGGACAGUAAACGGCGCUGUGCGAAGUGAACGGCACAGCCGCAGUCGCCACGACAACGGGAAGAGAGCAAAAAUCGGCCGUCUUCUAGUAUCUUCCGGUUUCCUGAAAAUAAGACCACCGCAGUCACGGAAGAUGGUGGUGUCGCUGUUCUUUCCGCCAUUAAGUAAUUAUAUCAAAGCGGUUUUAAUACUCCUUGUCCUCUCUGACUCUGUCGCCGGGCGGGAUUCGGGGUUUGACAAAAAACAAAAUGCACCUGAAGAUCCGCCAAGCUGGAUUGCCGCCAAGUCUCCGCCCAAUACGGAGACCACUCCAACGGAUGUCCUUGUCGGGGCCGCGCCUAUCAUGGCCGCAUCACCAGCAGCUCCGCCUCCGCCGGUGCAACAAGAAGAAGAAAAUAAACAGGAGCGGAAGUUUUUAUCACCCCGCCCGGGCGCCAAGCGUCACUGGCUGCUGCAACAAGGCACCGAUUGGCUGAUGUCGUCAUUUUCUUUCUUCCAAACGACCACGUCGGGCACUUCUACUUCUUCGAGCGGUAAGAGCGGAAAGCUUGAUGUUGUUUCUGCGCCAAGAACACCAGCAACUGCAGGCGGCCGGGAUGUUCUACUUGAGCAUCAAGAUGAUGUUCUUGUUGGUGACACGAUUAUUUCUUCUACGCCGUCUACUUCACCCAGCGCCGAAAGCGGAGACCCGCUGCAGCAAGAGCCGGCCGUCGCCGAUGUCCAAUCGGAGUCAGAAUCUACUGCAUCCCCACCUUCCCCCGGAGGGGGUGCCACGGAUGCUAGUGCAACCUCCACCAGCUUCCUCUUAGAACAAGAGGCAGCGGCAAGAAUUCCGCCACAAGCAGGAGUAGAGGGCACUUCGUUCACUUCAUCCAGGUCGUCCGUUAAGCCUACUCUGAGGAUGUUCCGGUCCCCUUCUUCCAUGGUCGGCCCUCCCAGUCGUGUAUCAAGUGUAAAAAUGUCUGGGUCUGGAAGAAUGGAAGGCUUGUCAUGCUUGUCUGGCAUGACCCAUGAUGCUUGUAACGCAUGACCCAGCAUCACAGAUUUUUGGAAAGCUUCCUGAUGCCAUUUCCGCAUCACAAAUGCCCUCCUCGCGUAGCACAAAUGUGGCUCCUCUUGCUGGUCAUGCAAUACAGAUUUUUUUAGAGUCCAAAGUUACCAUCACAAGUUCCAACUUUCCAGAAAGACACUUUUGCAUUUGAUAUCGUGGACUGCGUUCUCAAUCGACGCCUCCGCGGCCGGCCUCAUCGCCCCCUGGUAUCCUGAGUAAAAACGUACCCACGCCAGAGUUGUAAUGCAGAUUUGCAAAGACAGGAAGACUUGUAAUGCGCAUCCCCAUGAGAGCCAUUUCCAGUCGUGUUUUGGAAUUUGUGAUGCUGUGAACAGGAUGAGCAGAUGAAUCUGUGACGCGGCUGCACUUGCUGACCUGCACUACACUGCAGAGCGCAACUUGUCAUGCGUGACUCACAAACCUCCUAGGUUUGUGCUGCAAAAUCCCCAUCCUGACCCUGGUGUGGGUACGUUUUUACUCAGGAUAUCUGGACGUGGUCCAUCAUCGCGGUUGUCCAGUACAGCCGGCGCUCCGCGGCCUCCUUUGGACGCCGCAGGUGAGGCGGACACUUUGCGCGCGGUUGUGGCGCUGCAGGAUACCGGAGUACGAGCGAAGGAUCAGUACGCUUUUUCGGACGCAGCGAAUGACCAAGUUGUGCAAAAUGCAUGGUACGCGGACUUGAUCGGCAGCUACCGCAGCGAGGAAUUCCUAAAGCAAGCAAGUGGAGGCAGGACACAGGUUUACGACAAGAUGAAAUGGCUGACAGCUCAGGCCUUUCGCGAAAUGCAAGAGCAGGGGCCGGAAACCUUCAAGCAUCUGACCGAGAAGGCUUUCGGUAAACAGUUCAAAAGCAAGGAAGAAAUGCUUACUGAAUGGAACAAAGUACUGGAUGAGAAGAUGGUUGAAGGAUGGGCCGGGUAUACGUAUACACAAAACUACGACCAAAACAAAGAAGGCGAUGGUGGCACGAAUGAAGGGCACGACCUCGGCGACCUAGCUCAUCUUUCGUGGAAACCGUCCAAGCCGAAACCCGGGGAAGCGCAAACGAGUACGAGCACACUGGGUCGUAUUGGAAAAGAGCUUGGCUCGGGCUCGUUCGGCGUUGUCCAGGAUUUGCCAGACGACCCCACGAGCUAUCCCGUGAAAGAACCAAAGCACAAUCGUGGCGUUUAUUUUUGUCAGUCUGAGCCACUCUUCUAGUAAGCAUGCCUGAUGUUGCAGGGUCGUGGCAGUACGAAUAAUUCUAUUGCUCCUUGAAGAUGUUCUGAUAUGUACUAGUAUCAGUGCCGGCGCUCUUUCAGAAACAUCUUCUUCCGUGGUCUUGCUGUGUAGUAAUGCUUGUAGUUGUACGACAUCAAAAACAAAAUUAAAAUAGAAGUAGUGCGCACAGUAGACGCAGAGAAACAUCAAAUGUCCGCGGGGUGCUUUUGUCGAAUGGAUAGCACAGUCGUCAAAACAGUUCGGUGCCAGCAUUUUCGGGUGAAAGCAUUUUUCGAGGUGCAGGAAUCCGAUGACGAAGAGACAAGGAAUCAAAAAAAGAAAAAGAAAGAUGAAGAAUUCAAGAUGGAUAUGCUGUGUAAAAACGUCCCCACACCAGAGUCGAGAUGGGGAUUUUGCAACACAAACCUAGAGCUUUUGGGGGUCACGCAUCACAAGUUGCAGUCCGUAGUGUAGUGCAGGUUCGCAAGGCCAGCUGCAUCAGAAAUCCAUCUGCUCAUCCUGGUCACAGCAUUACAAAUGCCGAAACACGAUUGGAAAUGCCUUUCAUGGGGAAGCGCAUUACAAGUGUUCCUGUCAUUGCAAAUCUGCAUGACAACUCUGGGGUGGGUACGUUUUUACACAGGAUACUGCACACAUGUGGCUACGACGUGUACGCGGAAAUCAUCAUGAACACUCUGCUGACUAUCAAACGCAAAAAUGUCUGGGUCUGGAAGCUUCUGACACUUGUCAUGCACGCUUUGCAUUGGCCAUGAUGUCUGUGAUGCAUACCGCAGCAAUACAGAUUUUCUGAGGGCUUCUCGAUGCGUAUUCCGCAUGACGUAGCAAAAAUUGCAUUUCCUUUAGCACUCAUGCAAUAUAGAUUUUUUUGAAAUCCAAAUGCAGCAUCACAAGUUGCAUUGUUCCAGACCCAGACAUUUUUACAUUUGAUACUGACCCAGGCAGCCCCAAACGCCGUGGUACCCUUCGACCGCGUUGUGGUGACCAGGAAGGUGCAAAUAUCCCACAGCAAAGAAGUACACCCACACCAGACAAAAAGGCAAAGCAUAAUUUAGUAGUUCGUGUCAGUACUCCGAUUCUUUCAUGUGGAUACGAUACGCAACACUUACAAGGGCGGCCGCAGUUCAUCCGGAGUUUUAUUUGGCUUGUGAUCAUACUGAUACAUAAAAUUCCUCAUUGAUACAUAAACACUCACCGACAAAAUAAAAAGUUUGCUCCUACGCUGAUCCGGCAAAAAGGGCUGACGCAGGACUCUUGAAAACCGCUACGCAAAUAUAUUUUCCUCUGGUGUGGAUGGACUUUUCUGCGGCAUACCAAAAGCUCGACGAAGCUGGCAAUUUUGUCCCGACCCCGGUGUAUGCAUUGUCAAUACAAAACCGUCCGGGUCCUCUGGACGAGAUGAAAAGCACGCAUCAUGACACAGCGGCGGUCUUCCUUGCUGAGUCAUGAUCACAUCAAUUUUUUUUAUUGGUUUUUCUUUUGUAUACAUAGGAAUUUUCGUCUUCUACAUGUACAAAGCGCCUCCUAGCGCGACAAGAAGAAACAUGGCGAGUCAUUCUCUUGCUGCAGCGAACGCGGCACCAGGUCCUUGUCUGUGAUAAGGAUAACCAAAUGAAAUCCGCUUCUGCUUCCGCUCGCAUUACAAGCGCAAGUCCAGUUCCAGACCCCGAUGCAUUAGUAUUUGCAAUGCAUAUCGCGAAUGAAUACGAGACUUCCUUCCACUUUGUACUGGAGAGGGUUGCCAUCUAUCCUGUGUAAAUAAAACGUGUAACAUGAUGAUACCUAGACCUACAUUCAUGAUGCGAACUCUGCAUUACAAAUCCAAAAGCUUUCACGACACUGGAUGAAAUCCGCAUUCCGUAUGUCAAUACUAGAGCAUGCCUGUCAUCAUGAUUGUAGUAGAGCCGCAUGAGCAUUAGGCAUGGACUGUGCAAGAACAAGCAAAUCAUGCAUGAUAAGCCCUCUGUCCUUCGGGCGAUCGCGAUCGGGUACCGAGUGACGUCAGGGGCGGGCGGGGCGUCGCUACAUCAAUCAAAAACUACGUUCUUUUUUACACAGGAUACCACUCCGGCUUUCAAUACAAUAGAAGUGAUUGACAGCAAUGGCGGCGCCCAUUCUUUUGCUCAUCUUCCUGUCGACAUGAUUGCCGGCGCCCUGCGAUCCGCCGACGGCCUGGCAAAGUCGAUGUAUGCCAAAAUCCUGGAGCUUGGCGACCUUGGGUUUGUGCACAAUGACAUAAAACCGGAAAACAUGGGAUUUCGGAUCGAUCACGCGAACGGGGUAACCUUAUACACCGAACUAUGGAUGUGUCAGGAUCGAAAUCGACAAAGUCGAAAAAUUUGUGAUGCAUAAAAUGAAGAGCACUGAAGGCCUGUAUUGGAGAGCAGGCAUAUGAGACCGACUGUAAGCCUGUUUAGGGGUAUGCCUUGUGCUGCCAGAGUAGCAUGACAGGACCAACCUUCUUCGUCCAAACAGCAUGACAGCCUGGAUUUGGGUGCUCCCUAAAUUUGUCAUGCGCCACUUGGAAACUGAGGCUCCAACUGGCAUCGGUUUUGUGCAUCACAAAUUUUUCGACUUUGUCGAUUUCGAUCCUGACACAUCCAUACGAACCCGUAUUUUUUGACUUCGGGCUGUCCUCCUUCGUCGCCGUUCAUGAUCAGAUGACGACCGCUGAUGACGAAACGGGGUACACCACGUGGCCACUAAUGUACGGCCCACCGCUGUACUCGGGAAUGUUUGGCUCUCCAGGGUACAUCAACCCCGUGGCUGACACGACGUGCUUCAUGGUUGGGCCGCUGUGGGACGAUCUCGCAAACCUGCCCUACGGUCCGGCAUUCGACUUGUACGCCGUUGCGCGGACUCUAUCGGACCUCUUCGGAGAGCCUGCGGUGGGCGGUUCGGAGGGCGGCCUGGUCUUGCUCGGCAAGGGGAGUCAGGAGCCAUGGAACGUUGCGCGGGAGAAUCUGCGGAAGGUCUACCCUGCCCCUGAAACAAAACGACGAAGUUAUUAUUUGCGAACAACAACAAAGCCACCUGACGGAGAAGGAGAGCAAUUGUACAAAAACUACAUUCUCCGCCCCUACCAGGAAUCGCGGAAAGGGAGGCCUUUUUCCGCAGCCCUUACGGUCGCGUCUCUGGUUACGUCACGACCUGGCCGCCCUUUCGGCCAGCGGGGGGAUCACGUCCAGUACAUCAGAAAGCAGCAGGCCCGGGAUAGGACGCUUCGACGUGUUCCCGCUCUCCGUGAAGGACGAAAGGAAGACCCGGUGCCAGACGACAACACAAUUGACCCCGAACGUAAGGGCCUUGUCGUUCAGGAAAGCAUCGGAGAAUGGGAGGAAUUCACGGUGGAUCUGAAACGACUCCAGGACCAAGUGGUCAACAGAGCGCAGGAACUGCGGAAGAGCGCUAGCAAAGGAAAGCAGAGGACGAUCUCGGGGCGCAGGGCCGCGAGGCCGGAUCCUACAACUCCUGUGGCCCUCGCCACCAGCAGCACUAGCAAAGCAAAUCCUCUUCGAGGAUUACGAUCAUCGUAUCCUGAGUAAAAUCAACGUAGCCGACGUACUCACCUCAUAAUCAAGUUGGGUGGAGCUCCUGGAGCACUGCUACAGAUGAAGUACAAGCCGAGAAUAAGGCUAUUCGGUUGUUGCAUAUGAUACAUAGAUCACUGCGCAGAAGUCGUGGUUAGCUAGCGCACCCGUGUCGCACGUGUAGCACGUGGCAAUCCUGAUUAUCAUUUUUAGUUUUAGUUUUACUAGAGCAUCACACGACCUUAGUGGCUAUAUUUGUCGUGUGAGUAUGAAGAUUUUCUAGUAGAAAAUCUUCAUACUGCCCCUGAGGCUACAGCUCUUGAAAACUUGCGCGACAAAUUUAGUGUGGGCACGCUUUUGUUACCCAGGAUACACUAGUGAGAAAUUCUCCAGUGGCCAGUCGGUCGCCGGCGUCGCGGUCGGGAUCAUUGCGGAGGAUGUUUUCAGAUCGGCAAUCGCGGACCUCAUCUCCUUGGUCGCUUUCCCGUUUUUCAUCAGCUCGACUACGCCAGAGCACAGCUUCGACGUCCUUCGUCCAGCAGAAUCCCUUUCUUUCAGCGGCUUCGCAAGUCCCCGACGACCGGGGAGAGGGCGGUGACGAGAACGUGGAUUAUAGUGGUGGAAACGUCGACGGCUCUACUUCCAAAAAUGAACGCGAUCGAGAUGCGCCGGCCCCGGCGGAAAGCGGGAACGCCUCGGAGGGUUGGGAGGGGGACGAGGCCGGCGCAGACUGAACAAACGCGGCUGCGAGUGAAGCGCAAGCGGGGCGACGAGCUGCAUUUUUUGCUUUAUUUUGUUCGAACAAGAUGAAGAUGAAUUAUUUUCCAGCAUACUUUGACAAAAACAAAAACUAUCAACAUCUUCUGAGACUAAGCAGGCUGCUAUGGUAGUCAAUUGUAUAACGUUUGUAAUUCACCUUGCUUCUUCUUUUUAUCAACACCGUUCUCUCCGCGUAAGUUUAAUCUUCAGUGCGAAAAACCACUCUUGUGAUUCACAACAAAGAUCAUCUGCCACUGUUCAAACAUUCACAUUUACUUUCUGUGCAAAUUUUAUCAACUUCAACUUUUGAGAUUUACAUUGAUUGCUAUAUACCAAGGCGAGGAGGCAUCCAGCAUCUCCACAUCGACAUCCUUUUCAAAUUGACAUCCUUUUCUAAAUUAAUAAUAGUCUGUCGUAUUGCUAUUUCCAUUUUUUUUGCAACAUUGAUUUCUUGAUUUGGCGUAUUCUCGGAGCAGCAAUUUAUUUCUGCAUUUAUCACAUGACAAGAUCACUGCUCCGUAUCUCACUUUCUUGUUUACGAUUUUCAUUCGCGAGUAGAUUAUUUUUGUGUUGUCCAUAAUUUCGGCAACUUGCCGCCGGAGCGCAGUACCAUUGUGAAAAACAAAUUUUGAUAAGUAGGCCACAUCAAAGCGACUGAAAACAAUAUUGAGCAGCAGGGGUCCCUCUUUCUCUCCCGAUGAGAGAUUUUCUUCGCCCCAUGUUGUACAGUUUUCCAUGGCGUGAGGCGGAUAUUAUCAGCGCUCCGAGCACCACGACCAUUGUCAUCUUACG